AUGUUUUCCUAUAGCCACGCCGACGCGCAAACCCUCGCCGCUCUCUCCCGAUCCCACAGCACAACGAUUACAGGCGCGCUCCACGUCGUCGCUGCGCAGGCGCUCGCGCGCGUCCUCACACCCCUUAACCUCUCCGGAAAGUACGACUCUGUUCCGUUCCAAAUCCCCACGUCCCUGCGUCCACUCACGAACCAGCCGCCCACCGCGUUCUGCGACCACGUCUCUAUCUACCCCUUCAUUUGCCCAAUCCCUGAGGCGCACUCGAUGGACGACCCGUUCAUGUUCGAGAAUGUAUUCUGGCAGGCCGCUAGGGACCUCUCCGCUAAGCUCCGCACGUCACGCGACAAGAGCCUCUCGAGUAUCGCGAGCCUGCACUUUGUCGCGCUCGUCGGUGGGUACAGGAAGUUCUUCAAGGGCAAGUUGCACAAAGAGCGCGAAGGCGGGCUCUCGCUGGCCAACUUGGGUGUUUUCUCAAUGAGCCAUAUACCUAGUCUCGGGGAAUCCGCAUGGGCCAUAGCGGAUAUGGCGUUCACGCAGGAGGACGGGGUCGUGGGGUCGCCAAUCAGGAUCAAUAUAAUCGGCGGAGGAGAUGGGAGUUUGACGAUCGCACGCGGCUGGAGCGAUUCUCAAGUGCUGGAGUCCCUAGGGGAGAGCUUCGACGAAAGGUUUGACGAAGGGGCAAGGUCCCUAAUCGCCUCGAAGUCAGAAUCGUGA